GACACGGCCACCGCGGCUGCAGCAGUGAGCCCAACAGCGAACUCCGAGGGAUCAGCAGACCCCGGUGAACCAGCGGCCCUUGGCAGCGCUCACUCUCAACCACCCACCCACCACCCUCAGAGCCAUGGCGGCAGUGGCUGCAGCCUCGGCCGAGCUGCUCAUCAUUGGCUGGUACAUCUUCCGCGUGCUGCUGCAGGUGUUCCUGGAAUGCUGCAUUUACUGGGUAGGAUUCGCUUUUCGAAAUCCUCCAGGGACACAGCCCAUUGCGAGAAGUGAGGUGUUCAGGUACUCCCUGCAGAAGCUGGCGUACACGGUGUCGCGGACCGGGCGGCAGGUGCUGGGGGAGCGCCGGCAGCGGGCCCCCAACUGAGGCCCCAGCCCCCAGCCCUGGGCGGCCGGGUCACCAGGUGCUCCUGUGCGUCUGGGCCAGCAUGGGAGCCACUGCCGCGCAGGAAUGGGGGGGGUCCCCUGUGCUCUCUCACCAGAGAGGCACGUGCCAAGGUCAGUGAGGGGCCACUAGGGCCCCCCCCCCCAGAGAAGCAGCAUCGACAAUGUCAACGAUACCAGACCCCUUUCAACCCCCACUGCACCAGUCCCACUGAAGGGCAGGGUAGUGGGAGGAGGGGGGAUGUGGGGAGCAGACCCCAGAGAUCUGGGCCUAGGCACCGCAUUCUGAUCUGGACCAAGUUGGGACAGCAUCAUUCCAGCCUGCAGCCAUGGCCACACCUGUAGGCCCCACCAGAGAGAUCCAAGAACACCACACCAGCCAGCAGAAUGGACAUUUGAUAUUUUGACAUCACCUGCGGAAGCCUUGACUCUUGGUGCAGAGAAGGCGCUGACUGCAUGCCCCUGUGGCAGGACUGGAGGGCAAGGGGAGGGAGGAGAAGGGUGGACUCAACUGGGGUGAGAAAAGUGGGGCCCUCUCACUGUCCCUUGCCCACGGUAUAUGCAUUCCUGCCUUGCUGCCUUUGCUCCCUCCAUUCCCCAUCCCCCCUCCUCUUCACCUCCAAGCCCACCCCACCCCAAAGAAAUGUCUCUUGAUUUGGACCUAUUCAACAGUAAACUAAUCCCAGUUUUACUAAAAACACCUCCAAGCCCCCCAGCCCCUCCAAGCCCUCAGCCCCUCACUGAUCUUGCUUUUCCCUGGUCUCACGCAGUUGUGGUCAAUAUUGUGGUAAUCGCUAAUUGUACUGAUUGUUUAAGUGUGCGUUAGUUGUGUUUCCCCAGCUAGAUUGUAAGCUCCUGGAGGACAGGGACCACCUCUACAAAAAAUAAAAACCAGUACCUCCCCUGUCUCGCACAGUGUCCUAGGGCCCUGCGAGAUGGUGGAGGCGCACCAAAAA